CUGUCGGUCGUUCAAGAAAGAUCAGUUAGUUUGUGAGCGUCAAGUAAAGGAGUUUAAACGUCUGCGUAUCGCUAGAUUUUUGAAUGAAAUUUCGAAUGAUCGUUAAGAUUUGUGUGUUCUUUUAAGUUCAUGUUUUAUUGAUCGAUCAGUGGAAUUUCGUUAAACGAGUAAACGGUAAACGGCGUGUCUUAUUAAUAAAUGUGCGGUUUGUUUUUCGUGCGACUAACACAAAAAGUUCAGCAAGCCGGAAUUCAAACCUAUGGAUAAUUUUUGCGCAAAUAAAUAAAAAUCCUAACAGAAAAAAGAAAACCGCUUUCUAAAAGUCAUUUGAUUCUAUGCAAAGAAAUACAACAAAAAAACCGCCUGCAAAUUGUUCAAGUCAAUACAAAUAUUACAGUGAAUCAUUUUGAGUGAAAAAAGUGUUUCGAAUUGAAAUCAAAAAAUAAAUAAAGAAAAAAAAAACAAACAAAUACAAAUAAAACUUCAAAACUAACAUUGCGAAUUGCCGAACAACAAAAACCAACAACGACUUAAGUACGAAUCGAGCAGAAAAACCUGUAUCAAUCAUCCAAUAUUAUUAAAGUGGAAUUGAUUUUCAAACGAAGUGUUAAUUCUUUUCCAAACCAUACAAGAACAACAACAUCAACGAGAAGAAGAAAAAAAUCGAAAUCUUUUGUUGUUUACCAAAUUAUUAGAACCGUUAUUCACAAAUCGUUAUUUUGAUUUAGCUUGGCUUAACAUCCCAUCGCGGUGUCCCCAAAAAAAGUAAGACACCAACAUCAGCAACAACAAAACAAACAAAUCAUUUUGAAUUCUGCUGCUACUGCUGCUUGUUCUACCAAAGACAAUCAAUCGUGCUGAAAUUUGCAUAAAUUGUGUCUAUCUCCCUCUCUCCGCGGUGUUCGUCUGUUCUCAUUUCACCUGAACGCAGUUAACUGGCCGCGUAUUUUUACGAGAGUGUAUAUUUGUGUGUAUGUGUGCGUAUCGAGUAUUUUGUGUGGUGUAAAUCCAUCCCCCCACAACCGCCACCCCUUUUUAACUGCUUUUGUGAGAAUUUUGUGAAUUGUGUGUUCUUCGUUCAUUCGACGAGAAACGAUUUUUUUCCAGCUGGAUAUUCGGAUUGGAUUUCUUUACGGAUAUUUUUCAUCGUCAUCAUCCUCUGCAAGAAUACGAUACCACACCGGAGUUUUGUUUUUGUUGGAGUAAUUUAAACGAAAAGAUUACUGGAUAAUUGUAUGUCUUCACUUUCAUCAAACCAGCAGCAAAUAAAAACAACAACAACAACGUCACUAGGAUAGAAUUUUGGAAACAAAUCACAAGAACCCAGGAGACAAGGAAAGGCAAUAUUUCUUUAAGGAAACAAUUUAAGAUUAUGGCCUUUUAUCGAACGGAAUAAGAAGAAAACCCCCUUCAAAACGUCAGGUGUAACGUCCGUUAAACACACACACACACACCACCCCAACAUGUCUUCGUCCAUAUGUACACAUUUCUCCCAGAAUGCCUGGAAAAAAGAUUUGUGUUCGAACUGUUUCAAAUCGAAAGAUGAACACAAACAAGCUGCUGCUGCCUUGGCGGCGUCACGUUCCAAAUACACAGCGCUUUCAUCGAGUCUAAGUAGCAGCCUCAGCUCCAAGUCCACUACCGAUCCAAAGACUGAUUAUCCAAAUAAGAAUAAAAAACCGACAAAGAGUAUCAUCAAGCGGGCAGCAGGAAAGGCAACGGGGAAACACAAGUCGCACAAGGUGAAUUUUCCCAAAAAUAUCUCCGAGGUUAUUGGCUACGGGGGAGAAUGGUCCGAUGAUUCGGAUGAUGAUCAUGAUUUUAUGAAUUUAGCCAAUGAUAAGGAUGAUGAUAAAAUAUCGGGUUCCGAUGAUGAGGAGACCAUUGAAUUGAAGCGUAUCACUCGGGCCAAUACCGAUUUUAAUAUGAAUAAUGGCAACCUCUUAGGAGAUCCGCAAGAGAAUAUCAAGAAAACGUUUGCUGCCUUAAAAUUGGGUGCCCCUCAGGUGGAUAAGGAGGGUAAGAAACAAACAUUGCAAAUAAAUGUUUUGCCAUUUGGGGCCAAUGAAACAAAGGAGGUGAGCACAAAGAGUCAGCUCUCAACCACAUCAACGGUGGCAAGUACCAGCAAGACAGCUGUAAAAGCCAAAUUUGAAACCAAAACAGAGACUACAACAACAACCAGCAAUACAAAAACUGUGGUGAAGAAAUCCACGACUACAUCUGCAAGCAGUUCGAUGUUGUCCAGUAAAUCCAUUAGUGAACCCUUGCCCUCCAUGGAAAGUGAUGGCAAGGAUAGUCCACCAAUUGAAAGGGCCAUGGAGAAAUCUCUGCUGGAUGAAAUUUCCGAGACCUUGGAAAAGAAACAAACCGAGAAAUUGGCCACAGAACAAAAGGCCUCUGCAGCAGCUGGCGGCACUGCCUCCACCUCCAGCAGCUCUGCAGGUAAAAUUAAAUUUGAAAUUGGCAGUUUAGCCGAGUCGCUGGAGAACAAAACCUUUCUCGACCUUAAGAAGCCAAUCGUGCGUAACCCGCCUAUCACAAAGGAUCAAGUCAAACCCAAAGUGAAUGUCUUCAAUAAAUAUUCCGAUUCGGAUAGCAAUUGCUCGGAUACGGAAAAUGGUAUUUCGGCCUAUUACGAUGUGGUGGAGACAUCACAGACUUACGAAAAUUUACCCGACGGAAAAUAUGAAAAUAAAGACAAGGCUAAGGCCCAAAGCUCGGCGAAGGCGGAUCAAACGGAUUCCUCUUCGAGUGUUUUCUCUUCCUCACAAUAUAUUACCGAUAUGUUGCUCUCCUCCAAGACCCGGGCGGCCUCCUAUAAUCUACAUGAGGGUAACUUUAUGACCAGUAAAAUUACAUCGGAUGGUUUGAUUGUCACCAAAUGUAGCUCCGAUGAUGCGUUGGACUCUACAGGUAGCAGCUUUGAUGGCAGCAGUGACGAGGAGACUUCAUACAACAUGAUACGCAGCGAAUCGGACUCGGGUAUUGGCAUUAGCAUAGGUCAUGAUUACAAAAAUAUUCAUGUGGCCGAAAAGGACAGAGAUCGCCUGAGAAUUGAAAAGAAGCUAAGUGCCAGUACCAAUAAUUCCGACUAUGAAGAUAUUCAAGUUGCCGAUCAGAAGCCCCCGAUGACUUUGAGGGAAAUUAAGCUUAACGAAGAUGUGGAAAAAUCGGCUCCCUUUAUUUUGGAAAAGUCCAGGGAAUUGCAUGGCGAACCGGAUGGUAGUGCCGAUCCGGAUGGUAGUCUUGAAAAUCAAGAGCCGCAGGAAAUUCCGCCCUUACCUAAGUCACCACCUCCCACAACAAAGGUCAUUGAUGCCCGACCUUCGUUUUUGCAUGGAUUGCAAAAGCAACAUCCUCCCAUACUCUUGAAGAAACCUGAUUUGCCAGUUAAGCCCUUGGUUUCACCCACUCCCAGUCCCAUGAAGACUUUCCUAACAAAACGGGGUCCACCAACCUCAAACAGUGCUGUUAGUGGCAUGCAAGGGCAAUCCAAUGAUCAACAGCAAGUCAUUUCACAGCUGCAAAUGAUCAUGUCCAAAUCCAUGGAAAAUCAAGACAACGACUCCUCAAAGGAUGACAAUAAACUGAAAAAGGGCAAAGCUCCCAAUCCUCCUCCGGCCACUGAAACCAAAUCAAGUGCUCCAUCAUCUCCGGAGACUGAUUACAACAUGGAGGAGGAAUUUUCCAAGCAACAAAGUAAUGAGACAGCCAACAAGACACACACUACAGCAGCAGCUGCUAAGGAAGAGAAACCCAAAGAAUCCUCGUCUGCUGGAAAUGAUUUUGGUAACUCCUCCCCAGUCUCCUCAAUGUAUACCCGUAAAAUUGGCGCCAUGACCAGUGCUGGGACGGUGGGUAAAAAUUCUGCAGCCGCUGCUGCCAUACGCGAAAAAGAUAAACGCGAAAGAGCCAUAAUUAAUCCAAAAUUCCGAAGUCUCAACACCUUUGCCACUCAACGCAGCAAUGCCAUUAAGAAUCUGCAACUUCAGAAUGCCACCUCCUCGAUCAGCUUCAAUCAGUCGCUUACACCUGAACCCAAGCCACGUACCCCCAAAACCCUAUCUGCCUCUGAAGAAAAUCUCACUGCCGACUCAUAUCCUGGUGGCAGCGCCACCAAAACUGUUACCACAUCCAUGUCCAUCACGAAUAUUGCCGCCGCCUCCUCCUCCUCCUCACAGGCAGGCGAUAAGAAAUCCUCUGCCAAUCAAGCCAAAACAAAAACGAAGUUUUCCAUUAAGAAAUUUUUACGCAUGGGAGCCAGUAAAACUACCGAGAAUCUAACCAAACAAAAGGAAAGUAUUUAUUCGGAAAUUUGCACGGGCGAGGAGGUGGGAGUCUCGGGCAAGCCACGUUUAGUCAUCAUCCAUCCCAUAGACAUUAAUACCACAGCUGUCGAAGUGGUCAAGGACAUAACAAAGACAAAUGAUUCGGUUACGGCCCAAACAGUGGCUGUGGUCACGGCCAAACCGCCGGCACCUCCUCUACGUUCGGUGGACACGCAACGUAGUCACGAAAUGAAUAAGCCAGCAAGGCCACCGCCACCAAAAAGUGCAGAAUUACGUAGAAAGCAACAGAUUGCAUUAACCACAUCAUUGCCAAUGGCAUCAUCGGGAGCAGCAGCGGCAGGAACAUCGACAUCAGCAGCAUCCUCAUCCGCAAACGCCAGCAAUGGAACAGGCAAUGCCAACAGCAGCAGCAACAUUAGUUCCUCGCCCAAAUCAACCGCCACAUCUUCAACCUCAUCAUCAGCCGCCAGUAACAACACCAACAACAUCCGCAUCAUAGGAGGCGCUGGUGCUGCAGGGGACCAACAAAGCGGUUCGAUAAAAAGCAAGUCGGACAAUGUUUAUGCCAAUUUAGGCGAAAUUCGUUCAUCAAUAGCUCCACGCAAACCUGAACGUACGGCCAGUAUGCGUGAACGUGAGGCCCAAUUGGAAUUGGCACGUAAACGUCAUAUUGGAAUAAAUCAACAGCCCAAUGGAAACAACAGCAGUACUAACAACAACAACAAGGAAAACGCUGAUACUCUCUCAAUUUGCUCGUCAAAUGGUGAAAAUGUAUCUGCGGAUCAACAACAUUCCACAAAUCCCAAUGGUUCUAACAAUGCAGCAACAACAACACCAAUCAUUACAAAUAACAACAAACAGCAACAAAAUGCCAUUAAAAAUAUACAAAGUCCACAAUUGGGUGGCAUCGCCGCCGCCGCCUCACGUCAUGAAGGUAAGCCACCAACCGCGAACAAUGGUGGUGGUGGCAGCAGUCGCACCAGUACCUUCGAACGCAAGAAGAACGAAGCGAAACCAACAAUGUCCAAUAAAUUGGAAAUAUUCGAAACAGCACAACAAAUUAACAACUCCAACAGCAAUAACAAUAGCAACGCAUCCGAUACUUGUUCGAUCAAGAGUGACAGUCGUACGAAUAGCCUUAAGGACACGGUACGUAAAAUCAACAGUACCAUUGAUAAUUAUCUCAAGGAUAAGAGGGACUAUGAGAAUAUGUAUGAAAUGGUUAAGAGCCCAUCAUCGCCACCACCGCCCCCGGCCAGGUCGGCGGAUUUACAGGCCUCCCAGCGCCUAAUGCAGGCAAGACGGCGGGAAAAUCUCCAAUUGGAUACCAUAUCUGUGGCCAGUUAUACACGCAGUGAAUAUGGACCGGUGAGGCCUUAUGGCCUCAACAAUAGUUUGGCGAACAUUCCCCGCAUGAUUUCAGCUUCAUAUUGUGGCAGCGAAAUGGGUGAUUUGGAUAUUUAUUCACCCUACAGUUAUUAUGGCAGCGAAGCGGGCGGUGAUAUCUCAGCCGAUAUAAAUGACAGUGUUUGGGGUAUACCAUCGGGCAUGAAAACCAGAGUUAAAGCUACAAAUCGUUUGCGCAUGCGCAAAGGUCGCAGUGUUGUCCACAAAACCAUCGAGGACAACUAUUCAGCUGUUGUGGGAGCCAAUCAUGAGGCAUUGGCACAAGUUUUAGAGCAGCUCCAACAAACUCCCAUUAUACCACCAGCCCUGAGACCACUUGCCAAUGCCAUAAAUUUGCGUUUUGAAGAUUUCACCAUACUGGAGGGAGCCCAAGCUUUUGUGGUCGGCAAAAAAGCAUUCCAUGCUGCUCUAUGGACAACAGCACCAGUGACAUUGGCACUUUCGGCCGAUUGCAAUCAAUUGGCUGGAGUAGGCGGUGAAUUAAGUCAACUGUCCGGUGGUGUAUCGGGUGCUCUAAAUCCCAUUACCGAAUUUUGUGAUGUUGUGCCCAGUUAUCAUUUGCCAUUAAUGCCAAGCACAGAGAUGACAUUGCUACAGGCCACAAUCUCGGUAUUGCCACGUCUGCAGUUGGAUACAUUGCAGUCGAUAGGAGCCAUACUCAAGGGUAAAUCCCAUGUCUUGGAUAAGAGUAAUUUCAAUUUCCGUGGUUCAAUACCUAAUCUGACAAUAUUGAAAGAUGUUGGAGGUGUUGUUAACGGCAUCAACAACAACAUGAGAAAUGGCUUGUCCAUUCAAAAUCUAAGCACACUCAAUGAAGAAAUUGGUGGUGGUGGUGAUGUGAGUUUGAAAUUGCCCGAACAACAGCAACAGGAACACAAUUCAGCUGGCAACGGCAGCAAUGGCAUGCCAGCCUUCGAUGAUGUCAUGACCCGAGAGGUGGCUUUCAUUAUGCUACAACUUAUCAAUGGUAUGAAACAUUUGCAAGUCAAAGCUGUCGAAGAGAUGCCUUUGAGUUUGUCGAAUGUGGUGCUAUCCAAGGAGUAUGACAACAAAGAUGCCCAGGCGCGUUUAUGUGUAUUACAGGGUACUCAACAAGACGAAGAUGAACCCAUGGGCACUUUGUGUAAAUGUGCCCACGCAGCUCUAACCGAGAUGUUGCCCACAACCAAAAUGACACCCAUUGUUGCGGAUAUUCUGAAGCAAGAUCGCUCCGAAUCUCUUUCGAAAUCGAAAUCUGUACUCGAAUACAUACUGUGGGGUCCUUCGGAUGUGGUACUUACCGGUUCGACAAAGGAACGUGAAACAGCACUACAACGUUGGUUGGAUUUGGAGAGGGCCACCGUGCUGCAUGGCCUUGUGCGUACACGUGUCGAAUUGACAGUUUACGAUGAAUGUCAUUUGAUGUUUUUGGUGCGUUCCACGGCGAAAAUUAUGAAUGAUGCAGCAAAAAUCAUUGCCAAUUACCAGGAGCAACAGCAACAGCUGCAGCAACAAUAAUGUUUAACAAAAUCUUGUGGAUUCGAAAUCCAAAAUUAGUUUUUAAUUUAGGAAAUAUUUAUAAAUAUUAAAAAAAAAAAUAAUAUUUUAUUCAUCAAAUAGUUUGCUUUGAAAAAAGCCUUAAAAUAAAAUAUCAAAUAUUAUUGUCACUUUCAAUUUCAAGCUUGCCCUUGAAGCGUAAGCGUGUGCCAAAUUUUCAUAUCUGUUUAACGUUUAACCUGCUCCCUUAAAAUUCUCUUUAAAUUAAUAUUUGUUAUGAUAUAUACUUUUUCAUUUCAUUUCGUUUCGUUUUUUUUAAUUUUAUUCUUGUUAAAUUGUAAAAUAAAAAGAAUUAAAUGUGAAUUUUAUAAAAAAAAUCUUAUUUUUAUGUUGUUGCAGAAAAAAGAAUACUUAAUUACUGUUCUCUCUCCAUUUAUCUGCAAAAAUCAAUAUAAUAAUUAUUUUUAAUACUUGUGUACAUUUAUAUGAAUAUUUAUGUUAAUUUCUAUUAUUAUUUUUUUUUCAUUUAAUAUUAUUAAUUAAUUUUUUUAUAAUAAUUGGUGUUUGCGAACAAAUUUAUGAAUAUUAUAUCGAAUCGAAUUAUUGUAACGGAUACAAGCAUACAUACAUAUACAAACAUUAUUAUAUUAUUUUGUAAUAAUAAACAAAUAUUUAUAUUAUUAUAUAUUUAAUUAA